UUUCUCUGUUGCACUGGAUGAAUGAAGUUGCAGGCAAUACAUCUUGUUGUUACAAGUCCAGUGUUCAGCUUUAUUUUUCCCUCAUGGAUUGCAGCAAUGAUAUUUUUAACCUUCUUGAUGGGUUCCCUGUUUACAGGGUGUUUGUGUGAUGGGCCCUCCACUGCAAUAAACUGUGAAGUUGAGUGUCUCAUUGACUGUCCCAGUGGUUCUUAUUACGCAGUAGGUAACUGCCUGGAAUGCCCUGCAGGACACUACUGUCUUGGGGGUACAGCAGCUCCUAGAAAAUGCCCUUCAGGUACCGCCAAUCAUCUCCCUGCCAAAGAUAGCCUGAAAGACUGUCAGGGUUGUGAUGAUGGCUACAUCAGUAAGGAGACAAGAACGGGAUGUAGGCCAUGUCCAUCUGGAUAUUCCUGUAAGCCUGUUACUGGUUUGAUAGAGCGCUGUCAUCCUGGUUUCUGGUCACCUGAGGGUGUCCUGAAUUGCCUGCACUGCAAUGAAGGAUACAUUUGUCCGGAUGGAAGAGAGAAAAAGACUUGCCCUCCAGGCUGGGAACCUGACCCUUUUCAUGUCCAGUGCAUCCAAUGCCCAGUUGGAUACUUUUCAAGUGAAGGAGUCACUACUUGUCAAAAAUGUCCAGCAGGAAGUUACUGCCCCCACGUUGGCACUUUUCGGCCCAUCCUGUGCCCGCAAGGAUAUUACACCAAUACAGCAGGGCAGUCAGAAUGUACAAAGUGUAAUGGAAGUAUAUUCUGCAUGGAGAAGACUCAUGGACAAAUUGCAAGAGAUGGGAGGAAACAAUCACGCAUUCCUGGAUUUAAAGGAUCAUUAUUACCAUGUCCAUCAGGAAUGUAUUUAGGUCUGCAAAUCAAUGAAGAAUGCAUGCACUGCCCGACAGGUUUUUAUUGCUCGGAUGGUAUAAGUACAUAUCCAUGUCCAGCUGGAACAUAUGGAGCCAGACAAGGGUUAACCAAAGCUUCAGACUGCUCUCCUUGUCCCCAAGGAUACUAUUGCCUAGAGGGGACAUCAGGAAGACCUGGGUCAGAAUUUCUUUGUCCUAAAGGUUUCUACUGUCCUGAAAAGACAUCAGAACCUCACAGCAAUCCUUGCCCUGCUGGGACAUACAAUGAUCAGCUUGGCCUGGCUAUCCAAGGGGGCUGUCGUAAAUGUUCAGAUGGGCUUAUUUGUUCUGAAGGAUCUUCAUUUUCUGGUCUUCCAUGUAGCAGGGGAAGAUUUUGUCCAGCAGGAACAGAAGAAGAAUUGCUUUGUCCACCCGGAACAUUUACACAACACAUAGGAUCAUCAAGAGUUGAGCAUUGCAUAAAGUGCCUUCAAGGUUACUAUUGUCCACAAGGAGUUACUGAUCCAGUUCCAUGCCAGCCAGGAUGGUAUAACCCUCUGGAAGGACAAGACAACAUUACAGAUUGUAGACCAUGUCCAGCAGGCAUGGCCUGUACUCAGCCUGGUCUCUCACAUCCUGAUACUCACUGCCUAGAAGGCUACACGUGUCCUCCUGGUUCAGCCAGUGCUCAUAAUCCUGACAAUGUAUGCCCCCCUGGAACCUUUACAAACUUCAAUAACCUGUCGGACCCCUCCCAGUGUGAGCCUUGCCCUGCUAGGCAUGUCUGUUCUAAAGGUACUGGAGGAAAAUGGAAGCCCCCACUCCCAUGUGCUGUAGGCCAUUAUUGCCCUGCUGGUACUCCAUAUCCACAUCAGUUUAAAUGCCCUGCAGGAAGCUGGAGUAAUCAGACUAAUUUGGCAUCUGCAGAAGAGUGCUUACCCUGCCCUGAGGGCUGGUACUGCGUAUCUGGAGCAAGCAUCCCCUCUGGGAGGUGCAGUUCUGGUCACUAUUGCCCAGCAGGUAGCCAAAUAGGUUCUCAGUUCCCAUGCCCUGCUGGAUACUACACUACACAUUUGGGAAAUAAAAGAGUUGAAGACUGCUUGCUGUGUCCUGAAGGAGCUUACUGCCCUCCUGGAACUGCCAAGACCCCAUUUUGCCCAGAAGGAACUUAUCGCAUGGAGAAAGGUGGAAAAUCACUUGAAGACUGUCAGCUUUGUCCUUCUGGAUACUUCUGUCCAAGGUCUGCAACUGCAAAUCCAAAGGCUUGUGGAACUGGAAGUUUUUCAGUCCCAGGAUCAGUCUCCUGUCAGCCUUGUCUUGAAGGAUAUUACUGUAGUGAUGAAGCAACCAGUGAAACAGUGAUGCUCGCAAACAUGGCUUGUCCUCCUGGACUGAUCUGCAGCGGGGGUUUGAAAAAUCUACCCAAUCAUAGCAGUGGAGCCUGCCCAAUAGGUUAUUAUUGCCUUCGAGGAGACAUAGAUCCAAAGCCAAGGCUUUGUCCAAAUGGGACGUACAAUGAUCAUCUUGGACUGGGCAGCUUGUCUCAGUGCACACCUUGUCCAUCUGGGAAGUACUGCUUCAGUAAUGGAACAGAACCACAACCACUAGUGGAACCGACUGGCAACUGUCCUGAUGGUUAUUACUGCCCAGAAGGUACAGGGCUUCCUUUCUCCUAUCCUUGUGGCCUUGGUAAUUAUAGAAACAGCUUAAAGUCUGAAAGAGGAGAUGUCUGCUACCCUUGUCCACCAGGAUAUUACUGUGACACACUGGGAAUGGUGUCCCCCAAGUGGUGUCCUGCAGGAUUUUAUUGUGUGGAAGGAGCCUCUAGUCCACAGCCCUGUGAACAAGGUACCUACAGUAACUGGGGAGGCCUCAAGUCAAAGAAGGAUUGUAUCCCUUGCAGCAGCGGAAUGUAUUGUUCAAGUACUGGUCUUACUGAGCCUAGCGGCUUUUGUGAAGCAGGAUUCUACUGCAGUGAGAGAGCGUCAUCUGCUACACCACUGGAUGGACUAGGAAGUGGUAUCUGUCCUGAAGGAAGUUUCUGUCCAGAUGGUUCUGCAAUUCCAUCUCCUUGUCCACCAGGCACAUACAGUAACAUCACUGGACUGAAGAGGGUAGAGCAAUGUGCUGAUUGCCCACCAGGAGCCUUCUGCACUGGAUUUGGUAAUAAAGUUCCUACUGGACUGUGUGAAGCUGGCUACUUCUGCACUGGUAGGGCAGACACUCCUGCUCAGCAUGAGACGAUGGAAGGACAUUAUUCAUCUAAGGGUGCGUUUCAAGCUCUGCCAUGCCCCCGUGGCACAUUCCAACCUAUACGUGCACAGUCUUAUUGUCAAGAAUGUCCAAGUGGAAGCUUCUGCAAUGAAACAGGACUUAUGCGACCAUUUAUCUGUCCAGCUGGACACUAUUGCCCUCUUGGAGGUACCCUACCUAUGCCAUGUCCAGUGGGUUCUUAUUUAUCAGCACUUGGAUCCAGUGGUUUAGAUUCCUGUCAGCUCUGUGAAAUGGGAAUGUUUUGCAGCAGAGUGGGUGCAACCGUUCCAGAAGGACCCUGUCUGCCUGGACACUACUGUUCUCAAGGCUCACAUAUCCCUAAUCCUGUAGGUCAUGGGGACUUCAUAGUAAGGGAUAUCAGUGUGGGAUCACAAACACAGUUCUUUGGGAAAACACCCUAUAUAAAAAUAUUUUUAAUUAGCUUUUAUUUAACCUUUAAUCGUCUACUUCAUCUUCUUUUAAAUUAACCAGUCACAUAAAAGUAAGAUAUUGAUUGCAUUUUCUUUUACAAAUAACAUGAAUGUAAAAUAAUGGAUGGAUUGAGCAAGCAAAAUCUGAUAGGAAUCCAGCAGUAUAGUGAACUGUUCUAAAGACAUAUUCUACACCUGUGUUUUCACUAUGGAUACCUUGGAAUACGUAUUUCACUGAAGUUCAAUAAAAAUAAUUAUCCUG